AUGUGUUCUGGUGAUGAAUCAUCAUCAACGUUAAGUAUUGAAUCAAUUGAUUGGUCAAGUGUCGGAUUGUGCGGUGAUAAUAUAUCUAUGAGAAGAUUUGAGGAAAAGGUGGUAAGUGCGAUAGAAGAAGAUAAAUUAGAUGGUGAUGAUAUAUCUUCUUCUAAUGCAAUGACGUGGUGGUGA